UUUCCUUUCCUGCAUUUGGAUAGUUCCCAUAACAUGAGUAAGCAGUUAAACUAGCCCUCAUUUCACUAGGGACCUCUGACUCUCCGUCACGCUGCUCUGACCAUGACUGCACCCUCAGCUCUGUGCAGUAAGGGUAGAUUUCUCUGUUAAAUCCUCUCAGGUGUAGCCGCAGAGCGCAGGCUCCUCCCCAGCCAGCUCUGACCAGACUGUCAGAAGAACAGGAAGACACCUCCUCUAGCUAAAGACGGUAGUCGCUCCCCCGGCUGUCAGUCAGGGGUUAAAAAGUUAACUAAACUUGUAGCAGAUAUGGAAACUAAUUUGAAAGACACAGUCGAGUCAAGUUAUCCGUAACACCAACUCGUCGUCCGUGUUGUAGUCGCCGAAACAACUUGUGGAAGUGGGGAGAGUUUUUUUUUUUGUCCCCAGUGAGACUCUACCUACUGUAGCCAGGCGAGCUAGCCUAGCUAACGCUAACGUUAGCUACCGUUUACUUUCGGGACUUAAAAUUUCCUUUGGUUAAAGCUUCGGUUUGUGUUAUAUGUGGAUACUCAUCUACACUGGUGAUUAAAGUCCUCGUUUGUAUUUUAUAGACGCAUCACGUUGGUUUAUCUACUUUUUGCCCCGAGGACUUGUGGCUCUGCUUUGAAUUUCCCUCCUUCAGUAAUACAGACAUAGCGAGGGGCUCGUUCGGUGUGGUUGGCUUCCUACCAAAUCAUUAGCAACCUUGUGCUAAUUGUGGCUAGUUAGCCAGGACAUUAGCCUAGGCCCAAAGGGGAAUUACAGUUGCCUUUUUCCUUAGUAAAGAAACAACGUCAGAGGAAACUCUUGCUUUGUGAUUUACGCUUGAGUUCAGGGAGAUUACCCGCCUCGCCGUUUUAUGUUGACACUCAGUUCAAGGGAACGGAUUAACUAAUAAAUAUGGAUCCACACACGGGAAAUUCUGCCUCAGCUCCUGGCCCCAAGAAGGACAAGAAAUCAAAGAAGAAUUAUGAGGAAGGAGAUGGGAAAAAGAAAUUUACAUUCAAACGGCUGAUUCCUGACGAGUUGGAGCGUUUCACAAGCAUGAGGGCGAAAAAGGAUAAGGAGAAGCCUGGUCAUACGCCAGGUCAGCGCCACUCUUCAGCCGCCAGCUAUGAAUUCAAUCCUCCGGGGGCCAUGAUGACUGACCAUUCUGAUGAAUACAUCCUGGAACUUUUCGAAAAGAUGCUGGUGGAUAUGAACCUGAAUGAGCAGAAGCAGCAGCCUCUAAGAGAGAAAGACAUUUCGAUCAAACGAGAGAUGGUCUCCCAAUACCUCCACACAUCUAAAGCUGGCCAAAACCAGAAGGAGAGCUCCAGGUCAGCCAUGAUGUACAUCCAGGAGUUAAAGUCAGACUACCGAGACGCACAGCUGCUGAGCUGUCUGGAAUCUCUUCGAGUCUCUCUCAAUAACAACCCUGUCAGUUGGGUGCAGAACUUUGGAGAUGAGGGCCUGGCUCUGCUGUUGAACCUGCUUAGAAGACUACAAGAGGAGAAAGACGAGUACCCAAUGAUGGGUGUGAAAUGUCAACAUGAGAUCAUUCGCUGUCUUAAAGCCUUUAUGAACAACAAGUACGGUCUUAAAUCCAUGUUGGAGUCAGAAGAGGGGAUUCCUUUGCUGGUCAGAGCCAUCAACCCAAGGGUGCCUCAUAUGAUGGUGGAUGCUGUCAAGCUUCUCUCUGCCAUCUCCAUUUUGGAGCACCCAGAGAACCUUCAUGAGCGUGUUUUGGAGGCCAUCACAGAGGAGGCGGAGAAACGGGACAUUGAGAGGUUUCAGCCUCUUCUGACUGGCAUGAACAUUCACAACGUUGCUCUUAAGGGUGGCUGCAUGCAGCUAAUUAAUGCCUUGAUCAGCCAAGGAGAGGAGUUGGACUUCAGGAUCCAUAUUCGCUCUGAACUGCUAAGAUUGGGACUCAGAGAGAUACUGACGGAGGUGCGGAAGAUAGAAAACGAGGAGCUGAGGGUGCAGCUCACUGUUUUUGAUGAGCAGGCCGAAGAUGACUCUGAGGACCUCAAAGCACGUCUCGAUGACAUCCGCAUUGAGAUGGAUGAUGUGAGGGAGGUGUUUGAGAUCCUAGCCAACACAGCCAAGGACUCCAAGGCUGAAGGCUACUUCCUGUCGCUGAUGCAGCACCUCUUGCUGAUUCGUAAUGAUUAUAUGGCCAGGCCUCAGUACUACAAGUUGAUAGACGAGUGUAUCGCUCAGAUCGUGCUUCACAGGAAUGGGGCAGACCCUGACUUCAAGUGCCGUAACCUCAGCUUCAACAUUGAAGGCUUGAUAGACAACAUGGUGGACCAGACCAAGGUGCAAACAAGCGAGGCCAAGGCCACUGAGCUGGAGAAGAAGCUGGAUUCAGAGUUGACAGCACGCCACGAGUUGCAGGUGGAGCUGAAGAAACUGGAGAGUGACUACGAGCAGAAGCUGCAGGAGUUGAGCCAAGAAAAGGAACAGCUGGCUUCUUCUAAGCAGGAGCGAGAGAACGAGAACCAGGGACUGCAACAACAGCUAAGCACUCUGCAACAGCAGAUUGAAAAACUGUCUAAAGAUCUGGAAGAGGCCAAGACUAAAGUUAUCACAGUCACUGUUCCUGUGCCAACACCUGGUUUGGCCCCUCCACCACCUGCCCCUCCUCUCCCUGGCCAGAAUGCUGGUGUGCCCCCUCCACCUCCACCUCCACCCCCACCCCUACCAGGCCAUGCAGGCAUGCCCGUUCCCCCACCCCCACCACCUCCUCCUUUACCAGGACAUGCCGGUAUUCCUCCUCCUCCUCCUCCGCCUCCUUUACCGGGACAUGCCGGUAUUCCUCCUCCUCCUCCUCCACCUCCUUUACCAGGCAUGCCAGGACCGCCACCCCCUCCACCCUUACCAGGGAUGGGACCUCCACCACCACCACCUCCGCCCGGGUUCCCGGGUAUGCCUCCUCCACCGCCUGGCCCAGGCAUGCCUCCACCUCCACCAUUUGGCAUGGGGGGCUGGGGUGCCCCUGCACCACCUCCGCUGCCUUUUGGCCUCCAGCCUAAGAAAGAAUACAAGCCAGAGGUCCAGCUGAAGAGAGCCAACUGGAGCAAGAUCGGACCUGAGGACCUCUCUGAGAACAGUUUCUGGACCAAGGCAAAAGAGGAUAAAUAUGAGAACAAUGAGCUCUUUGCCAAACUCACCUUGACCUUCUCCUCACAGACAAAGACCUCUAAAGCCAAAAAGGAGCAGGAGGGUGGAGACGAAAAGAAGCAGACACAGAAGAAGAAGGUGAAGGAGUUGAAGAUUCUUGACGCCAAGUGUUCACAGAACCUUUCUAUUUUCCUGGGAUCUUUCCGUAUCCCUUAUGAAGAUAUCAAGAACGCCAUCCUGGAGGUUAAUGAGAAGAUCCUCACAGAGUCCAUGGUUCAGAACCUGGUCAAACAACUACCAGCACCAGAACAGCUGAGUGUCCUGGGAGAGAUGAAGGAUGAAUAUGAUGACUUGGCUGAGUCCGAGCAGUUUGGAGUAGUGAUGUCCAGUGUGAAGCGACUGAUGCCACGGCUUGAGGCAAUACUGUUCAAGCUGCAGUUUGAGGAACAGCUGAACAACAUCAAGCCAGAUGUGGUGUCUGUGACAGCAGCCUGUGAGGAGCUCAGGAAUAGCCAGACCUUCUCCAAGCUGCUGGAGAUCAUCCUCCUUGUCGGCAACUUUAUGAAUUCUGGCUCCCGCAAUGGCAAAGCAUUCGGCUUCUCCAUAUCAUACCUGUGCAAGCUGCGGGACACCAAAUCAGCUGAUCUGAAGCAGACACUGCUCCACUUCCUUGCUGAUUUGUGCCAGGAGGAGUAUCCUGAUGUCAUGAACUUUCCAGAGGAGCUCAUCCACGUGGAAAAGGCCAGCAGAGUUUCUGCAGAGACACUUCAGAAGAACAUAGAACUGAUGGGUCGUCAGAUCAAGGGCCUGGAGAAAGAUCUAGAAACCUUUCCUCCUGCACAAAGUGACAAGGACCAGUUUGUGGAGAAGAUGUCCAGUUUUGUGGGCACCGCCCAUGAGCAGUAUGAGAAGCUGGAUUUGAUGCAUAAGAAUAUGGAGAAGCAAUAUACUGACCUGGGAGAGUACUUUGUCUUUGACCCGAAAAAACUCUCUGUAGAGGAGGUCUUUGGGGACCUCAACACAUUUAAGAACAUGUUCCAGCAAGCAGUGAAGGAAAAUCAGAAGAGGAAGGAGGCAGAAGAGAAGAUCAAGAGGGCCAAGCUGGCAAGGGAAAAGGCAGAGAAGGAGAAGGAGGAGAAACUCAAGAGGAGCCAGCUCCUUGACAUCAACGCAGAGGGUGAUGAAACUGGUAUCAUGGAUGGCCUCUUGGAGGCACUGCAGUCCGGCGCUGCUUUCAGGAGGAAGAGAGGACCACGGCAAGCAGCCAACCACAGACGAGCUGGUCAUGCAGUGACCAACAUCCUGGCCAAAGAACUUAUGCAAGAAGACACGCCUUCGUCAAGCACAGUGCCCGCCAAGAAGAAAAAAGAAGAGGAGAAAGAGGAGCCUAAAGUAGAAGGGGCAGAGUCAUUAGAGGAGUUACUGGACGCUGCUGCCUCUCGGGCCAAUUAGGCAACCUGGGCUGAAAGUUUUUUUACGCAUUAAGUCAGUGAUAUCCAAACACAGAUCUAUUUAUCAGCCAUGCCGGGGGCCAAUAUCAAUCUGAGAUUAGAGUCAAAAGGCAACCAAUUAUCUUAGUGAGAAAAGGCCUGUGUAUCUCUGGCUCUUGUCUUAAUGGGACCAUCUUUUAGGAUAGUGUUGAAUGUGUCUUUUGGGAGGACACAGGGAGAUGCAGAAGAUGAGGGCAGGGCUUUCACCUCUGUCACAAUCCCUGAAUGGCCCUCAUCAAUCUUUGGGUCUUUGCCAAUGUCAUAAAAUGUAAUAGCUUUUCUUGAACGUGUGCACAUUUCUGUUCAUGUAUUGUGUCUAUUUCUGUUUCUGUGUUAUUUCUACAUCACUUGAUUCACUUAUCAUUCAUCAAAGGGCAUCUUGGACUAUUCCAAAGACUUACUCAGGAGGGAGCCACCCUUUUUUUUGCGGUUAUUUACAAAUUUAGACUGGGAAUGUCUGGAAUUUGGCACAUCCUGCAGUUUCUGAAUAGAGUUUUCUCUGGAUGUUCCAGGCCAAGACCACCUUGCGCUUUUUCACAUUUGUUUUUACCUAUAAAACAUAUUGCUUUGUAAUUGUCUGACAUAUUGUACAUUGCUGUUUGUAAAUUCUAAUCAUUUUUCUGUAUUAUUCAAAAAAAGUGCCAACCAUUAGAAAACAA